UCGACAUACCUACGGAUUGUUCUGAUUGGUACACGACAGAAAUGUUUCUAAUAAACCCAAAGUAUCGUUUUUAAAACAAAUAUAUGCAUUUAACUCCUGGUUUGUGCUUUUCUCAACCGUUCUCAAUCCAAAUAGCAGCAGUGCACUGAGGAUGUACAAUGGCAUACCAAACGAUUCGUCAAGAGUAUCUGCAAAUACCCAUAGUGACCCGUGUGUACUCAACAGCUUGCAUCAUCACAACACUCUCCGUGCAUCUCGACAUAGUAACACCCUUCCAGCUGUACUUCAAUCCAAAGCUCAUUUUUGAGCACUAUCAGCUAUGGCGUAUCUGUACGACGUUUCUUUUCUUCGGUACCUUCGGCUUCAACUUUUUAUUCAACAUGAUAUUUACGUUUAGGUAUUGUCGUAUGCUAGAGGAAAACUCUUUUCGUGGAAGAAGCUCCGAUUUUGUUACCAUGUUCAUGUUUGGAGGGACGGUGCUGGUGAUUCUUGCUUUAUUCGUUAAUUUACUCUUUCUAGGACAGGCCUUCACCAUAAUGUUGGUCUAUGUGUGGUCCAGACGCAAUCCGUUUGUACGGAUGAAUUUCUUCGGCGUAUUAAACUUUCAGGCGCCAUACUUACCUUGGGUACUGCUUGGAUUCUCGGUGCUAAUAGGAAACACAAUAUGGGUCGAUCUUAUCGGGAUCGUGGUGGGUCAUAUGUACUAUUUCCUCGAGGAUGUGCUACCAAAUCAGCCGGGAGGCAUGAAGCUACUCAAAACGCCGAGAAUUUUGAAGCUUUUGUUCGACGAAGCAACCGAUGAUCCCAACUACGUGGCACUACCAGAAGACCAGCCGGGUGGUUUCAACUGGAGGCGAAACAAUUGAACAAACCAAACACACACUUUUGUUUUCCGGGUAUCAGAUGGUGUAGAGUGCAUAAAGAUAGGUUUUGUUUUUUUUUUCCUUGGGCAGCAACCGUCUUCGGUCGAGCCUGCCCAUUUGGGGUUAUCUUCGUUUUUCCUUCACGUACGUCUGAAAGCAACAACGGGAUGUGCCCGAACGUCUGAUUAUAAGACUUGGACUACCUAAUACCAACUAUUGCGUGAAAUAAUGUGCAACAACUAUUUGCCACAUGUAUGUCUGCGUUCUGUUUUUUUGUUUCUUCUGUGGGAUAUACAUUAGUAGAUAGGCUUUGUAAACUUAAUUUAAAAAUAAAGAAAAAGUACUAAAUUAAUUCGAUAAAAACAGCA